GUCGCAGCUGUUCAAAACAGUCUAUAGUCGAAUCGCGCGGGAACUGUGCUGUCAUUUGAACGUUGGCUGCCUUCGUUAGUCUUUCGACCGAAAAAUAUAUUUUUAACAAAUUUUGUGAUUGAAGUGCUAAUAUUUUGACAUAAAUAUGAAAUGGAAGUACCUAUUACAGAGUGUGUUCUGGCUGGUGUGCCUACAGUCGUGUCUAGCAGCUCACUUCGCGUCGCAUGUGAGUGUCAACACGCCUGGACACAGCUAUUCACACGGCGUCGGCAAUCCUGUUUCUGUUUUACAGAGAUUCCCUAUAAGGAGGUCAAGGAGGCCAGCGCAGCAGCAACCAGGCUAUCCUCGACACAAGCCCAGCAUACCCUUCCAAAUCGAAGAUUUACACCCCCAUAGAGGACAGAGCAAUGGAAAUAAUAAUCGAUGGCAUAACAAUGUUUUAGCACAAUCAAUACCACUGCUACCUCCGUCCCCAUAUAAAGUAGACUCUCCAGAUCCAGAGUCCCUAUGGCCUGUAGGGCUAUUCAUACCACCCAUCAAACCCUUGCAUUAUGGUACUUUAAAACGAUCAGAUACGGACAAAACUUCAGAAGUUGAUAAAGAAGAUCCUUAUUUGAUACAUGGUUCUGAAGCAGUUGCAGCCUCAUUAAGAGCACCCCGCGGACCGUACUUCCAUGAAAUACCACACAUAAAAUCACUUCUCGCCAAUCAACAACUUAGAAUCAAAAACAAUCUCACACCCCACAGGCUAGCCAGCAUACGAAAAACAUGGCCGUACAACAGAGUGUAGCGAAUAAAACACUUGUUAAAUCAUAAUAAUAUAUCUAUACAUCUUAUAUCUACUAUACAUGUUGAAGUUAAGGAAAAUAUUACAUAUAAAAUACCUCAUAUUUAUUUGCCGAAUUUUUUAUAUAUAAGGACAAGGAAACAAAAUAAAUUUUGUAAACAAACUUUUACUGAAUUCUAUUAUGAAAGCUUUUAUUCUUUCCUUUAUAUUUAAUAACUCCCGAAACAGUUUUUAUGGCCCAUUGUAUGGGACCGAAUGUGUUUAAACAUCUACUGUGAACAUUAAAAAAAAUACAUGAUCUACCAUUGUAUUGAAAUUAUACCUAUGAAAUGUUUUGAACACCACAAAUUACGAUUUUUAUCACAAUUUUGGCCAUACAGACAUUUAAUAUAUAUAUAUAUA